AUGGACGAGGAGGCCGUCGCCGCCGUCACCCCCGUCGCCGCCCGCAUGGGCUGGCAGCGCUGUCCCCGCUGCGGCAUGAUCGUCGAGCGCAUCGACGGGUGCAACAGGAUGAGGUGCACCUGCAGGCACGUGUUUUGUUACGUCUGUGGGAGCACCUGGCGCGAGUGUGGCCACGGCUAUUGA